AUGGAACUGGGCACCGGAUCCACUCCUCGUGAUGAUCCUUCCUUGAAGGACGGCCCAAUCCAAACGCCCCUGCAGGCGAUCAUGCAGCCGACUAUGAGACUGAGAUUGCAUCAAUAUUUACUUGGAGAUCAGCUACUCCGUGAAGGCCAUAGCGACCGUGACACUACGGUCGAACCUAUGAACCUUAAUACCCAGAAUCUGCCUCCUGACGACGACCAAACGAUCGGCAGAAAUGAUGCAGAUCGUACUCAGCGAGACCAACAUUCACCCGCUCCGCUAAAUAUGGAAGCGAGAAAAUUGGAAGACCACAGAGAAUUCCUGGACUAUGCUUCCGACGUCAACCAUCCACGCGAAGAUGUCCGUAUCAAAAUUGAAUUGACCGAAAUAAGAAACUACCGCGUUUGA